UCCAAAUCGCUUCUUGAGCCAUCGGCGUCCGUCGCACUUUUAGCAUCGCCAACUGCCUCUCCCGGAAGCAUCGCUCGUUUAUUUCGCCAACCGUGGAUAGGGCCACAUCGCUGAUUUCCCAGGGUCGACGAACCCGUGUACCCCUUUCACACCGUGUGGAACGCACCCUCUCCCUCCCUGCCGCUCCCAGUCAUGUCGCUCCCUCAACGGCCGAACCCUACUUCCCCCGGGCUCAAUGAGCGCCCUGCCUUUCGGGAAUCCGCUCGUCGUCGCCGUCCCUCCGACAUCGAGAAUUCACGAACCCACCGCCGCACCACGAGUAAAGGCGCCACCCACCCCACCUACGGUUCUCAACUACCCUCUCCUAACACCCCUGUACCGAUGGAGCGUGAUCCCAUCAUGGCCGGCCAGCACAACUCUCCCACUCCCGAUCUGGGAAGGAAACGCAGUCUGAUUCGCCCGGAGCGCAGCCGCAUCGACCCGAGCCAUCCCAACUACCACUACCGCCAACAUGCACAGAAGAUGACAGUCUACCCCUCGACAACGGGAAACGAUCCCAUCCUGGAGGACUAUAUGGAGGGUGAGACGGUCAGCUCCGACAGCACCGAAAUGAAGCCCCCUCAUCUUCGCAACGAGUCGAGUGGUCCCUACAAUGACAAGCAGGCUCCCUUGGACGAUGGACGACCAAACCGCCGCCUCACUCGUAGUAAGACUGCGGACAAGCUGGAAAGGCAACGGCAGAAGGAGAAGGAGGCGUUGAGGCCGCCGAGCCUGUGGAACAUUUAUUGCGCCGUCAUAACGUUCUGGUGUCCAGAUGCCGUGCUUCGCUGCUUCGGAAAGGUCCAGAAAGCCCAACAGCGUGCUUGGAGAGAGAAAAUGGGCUUGUGCAGCAUCAUCUUGAUGAUUUGCGCCGCCGUCGGUUACCUGACUUUCGGUUUUACGCAGACCGUUUGUCCUAGUGGUGGCGCAGCACGCCUGCAGGUGAACAAGGUGGAUCGCGGAUUUUUGAUCGUCCAUGGAAAGGCUUACGAUCUUUCUCGAUCCGAGCACCCUCCUGCUCGAGGCAUCCAGGAAAACGCCAACGUCUUGUUCGACUUGCCUGAGAAGAACGGUGGAAAAGACGCCAGCUUUCUCUUCCAGAAUGUGAACGGUGCAUGCAAAGGUCUCAUCACACCGGCUCCUGGUUCUUCCGUUGUCACAAACUCCAAUGGCGACAUGGCUUGGUACUUUCCCUGCCGCCUCUUCAACCAAGAUGGCUCGACCCAGCCCAAUAUGACCUUCCUGGGCUACAAUGGCUUCCAAUGCCACACCAGCGCCAGAGCACGACGCGAGUUCUACGGCCUGAGAAACACUGGCGAGGUGUACUUCACCUGGGACGACGUCAGGAACAGUUCGCGCAAUCUCAUGGUUUGGGGAGGUGAUGUCCUUGAUCUCAAUCUGCUGCAAUGGUUCAACAAGUCCGACGUCGUGUGGCCCAACCGGUUCGACGAGAUCCGCCAGAACCCAGCAGUCCGCGGCAUGGAUGUCACGCGCUUAUUCUCGUCCAGCUACGACAAGCAAAUCGCCAGGUGUUUCACCGAGAUCAUCAAAGUGGGUUCCAUUGACACUGAGACCAUUGGUUGCAUUGCGUCCAAGGUUGUGCUCUAUGUCUCGCUCGUCUUCAUUCUCUCCAUCGUCGUGGCCAAGUUCGUUUUGGCUCUUGCGUUCCAAUGGUUCAUCAGCAGGAAAUAUGGUGCUACGAAAACCACGCUCGGCAAGACAGACUCGAAGCAGCGGAAGCAACAGAUUGAGGAUUGGAGCGAUGACAUCUAUCGCCCGCCGCCACGCCUCAUGGAUCCUGCAGGGCCUGAUCGGUCUAGCAAACGCGGCAGCGCAUUCCUGCCCUCGACCUCCCGGUUCACGAGUCCCUACACCAUGGAUAAAGCUGCCAAGAGCCGCGCUCCGCCCACCACCAUGACCACCAGUCAGAGCGCUUCCUCUCGCCUCCUCUCAUCCAACUCCAAUGCCAUGUAUAGACAGCUCAACACGAGCCACAGCACCCUUCCAACGCACGACGGCAAGCCUUCGGUGCAGGAGAGUCGAUCCAGUCUGAUGCUUUCAGGGACAACCGAGCAGAACCGCUAUUCGACCAUGGGCGAAGUGGAGGGUCCUGGUCCCGCCGGAUUCAUCCACGAAGCUGUCGUGCCUCAGCCCCCUCCGGAAUGGCAGCCUUUUGGUUAUCCUCUGGCUCACGCUAUCUGCUUGGUCACGGCCUAUUCUGAGGGAGCCGAGGGUAUACGUACGACGCUGGACUCUAUUGCCACGACGGAUUACCCCAACAGCCACAAGCUCAUCCUCGUCAUCUGUGAUGGUAUGAUUAAAGGCAAGGGCGAAGAUCUGACGACACCCGAGAUCUGUCUGGGCAUGAUGAAGGACCACGCCGUCUUGCCUCACGAAGUGCAGCCCUUCUCCUACGUCGCCGUCGCGAGCGGCUCCAAGAGGCACAACAUGGCCAAGAUCUACUCCGGUUUCUACGACUACGGGGAGAACAGCCUUAUCCCCACCGACAAGCAGCAACGGGUGCCCAUGAUGGUCGUUGUCAAGUGCGGUACCCCUGAUGAAGCAACCAGCUCGAAGCCUGGCAACCGUGGAAAGCGAGACAGCCAAAUCAUCCUGAUGUCCUUCUUGCAGAAGGUCAUGUUUGACGAACGUAUGACGGAGCUCGAGUUCGAAAUGUUCAACGGCAUCUGGAAAAUCACCGGCAUCUCUCCCGAUUUCUAUGAGAUCGUGCUCAUGGUGGACGCCGAUACCAAGGUGUUCCCUGACAGCUUGACGCACAUGAUCUCCGCCAUGGUUAAGGACCCCGAGGUCAUGGGUCUCUGCGGAGAGACGAAGAUUGCCAACAAGCGGGCGUCUUGGGUGUCCAUGAUCCAAGUCUUUGAGUACUUCAUCUCCCAUCAUCUGUCGAAAUCGUUUGAGUCGGUCUUUGGUGGUGUCACGUGUCUACCGGGAUGUUUCUGCAUGUACCGCAUCAAGGCGCCCAAGGGCGGUCAGAACUACUGGGUACCGAUCCUCGCGAACCCGGACGUUGUGGAGCACUACUCGGAAAACGUGGUCGACACGUUGCACAAGAAGAAUCUUCUGCUGCUAGGCGAGGAUCGGUAUCUGUCAACGCUCAUGCUCAAAACGUUCCCCAAGCGAAAGCAAAUCUUCGUGCCACAGGCUGUAUGCAAGACGACGGUACCCGAUGAGUUCAGGGUGCUGUUGUCACAGAGGCGUCGAUGGAUCAACAGCACGGUCCACAACCUGAUGGAGUUGGUGCUGGUCCGGGAUCUGUGCGGAACCUUCUGCUUCAGUAUGCAGUUUGUCGUCUUCAUCGAGCUGGUCGGUACGCUGGUACUGCCUGCUGCCAUUGCCUUCACGUUCUAUCUUAUUGCCAUCUCGAUCAAGGCGGCGGUGCUGCACACUGAGGCGCCGGUCAUCCCCUUGGUUCUCCUCGCGCUGAUCCUGGGUCUACCGGCCGUGCUCAUUGUGGUGACGGCGCAUCGAUGGUCGUACGUCGCGUGGAUGGUUGUGUACCUCCUGUCCCUCCCUGUUUGGAAUUUCGUGCUCCCGACGUACGCGUACUGGAAAUUCGACGACUUCAGCUGGGGCGAGACGCGCAAGACGGCCGGGGAGAAGACCAAGAAGGCGGGCCUCGAGUACGAGGGCGAGUUUGACAGCAGCAAAAUCACGAUGCGACGGUGGCACGACUUUGAAGCAGAACGGAGACUCAAGCAAUCGGGCGCAUGGUCGCAGCAAGGCACGUCGACGACGGGGUGGUCGCAAGGACAGCAGCAACCGUACGAGUAUGAUGGCUACUAUGGCCACUAAGCGUGGGACGACAGUGGCAUGCCAUAUCUACCCCGAAUCAUUGCCGCCGCGCGGUGUGUGCAAGGCACUGACAGGUAAAAAGGAGUCUGCAUUUUGUGCUAUGAUGCAUUUCAUGGGCUGGGGGUUUUUAUUUCUUGUUUGGAUAAGUGUUGAGCACAGCGCUGUUCUUCCUUUUUGUUUUAUUUUAUUUUUUCGUC